UAUCGGGGGUGCUGCAGCACCCUCAGCACCCCUACUUCCUGCAGCUAUGACUGGGCUGUUUUACCCUCUCCUUUUUUCUCUUCUCUCUCCUGUUUUUUCUACUUUUCUGUAAAGUGUUUUGUGACAUGUUGUAUGUGAAGCAACACUUUAAAUAAAUGUUGAUUUGACUAGAGGCCGUCUGCCAGGUCCUGACUGCCUGGUUGGAACAGAUUCUGAACAGGACCUGCAACGACGAUUACAGGGCCAGUGUCGUCAUCCAGAAAGGAUUGGAUUCUGGUGCCAGGGACAGGUUCCCUGACACACCGUGUCCUUCUUCAUCAGAGGAAGAAGAGGUGUUCGCGAGUGUCAUAACUGUCCUCCAUUUGGAGCCCUACACCUCAACCAAGGCAGCAUGGGCAGCUCCUGCAAAGACCCUGGAGGUCAACCCCUGUCUGGAUGAAGAUGAGAGAGUCCCCAGCACCUCCAUGAUUGAGGGGUCCCUGACGACCACUCAGGCAACAUGGGCAGCUCCUGCCCAGACCUUGGAAGAAGAAGUCGGGGGAGCUGAUGUCUCUGAGGUGAGUACCGGCUCCCUGACCCCCACAGAGGCCAGGCAGGACCUCCUGGAGAAGAUUCCCUCUCUCCUGCCGGGUGAGAUCCUCAUCGAAGAGGACAUCCCCCUACGCAGCAGUCCCAGGGACACCGUCAUGAGCCCCCAGACCCUGAAGCUCAUCCUCCAGGGCAUAUUGCACCGACUGGAGGCCUCAGAGUCCCCCCAGGCCAGGAGGGCGAAUGACCCCUUCAGGCUGAUGAAGAAUCUAUUUUUGGAGGUCCACCAUGCCCUUAGGUAUGUUGACAUCGCUGUCCUCUUCAGCCUGGAGGAGAGCAUCCAAUUCAGGGGGGAAGAUGCAAUGAAGGCCAUUGUGAAGGCUGCGGCUAAAAGGUUGUCCCUGCGCUCGGACUCCAACCGGGCUCAACUGCGCGCCGCACGCUAUGGUGGCGAGGGAGCCAUAUGUUGCAUGGCAGACACCAUCGCGCGUGUCAUAGACGACCACGCCCAGGACUGGAGUUCAGACGGCCAUUUUGGAGCGAGGAGGAGCCGUGGUAGUGGGAGGUCAUGCUCCUCCUCAAGCUCCUCAAAGAGUGACAUCACCCUCACAGAGGAACUCUUGGCCCAGGGGGAAACCCUGGAAGAGGACCAAGAGGAGGUGGCUCCGAAAUCUGACUCUGCUAGCUUGGAGAAGGCCAGCAGCAGCUCCCUCUCCACAGACCUUGUGGACAGCACCUCCACACAGGUAAGGAAACUACCAUUAACCAGUAGGUUGCUGAGUUAUUGGGGCUGUUUGAUUGUGAGGCACCAACUCAUAUCUGUUUCUCUCUCUACUAAGAAGACGGUGAAGGACGAGGCAAUGAGGAAGUUAGGAAAGGGGAAGCGAGGUCGCAAGAAGACCCUGAAGAAGAACAAGGUGGCUCCCCUUGGCACUGAUGAUACCGUGGCUGAUGAGCCGGGAAAAAAACAGUCUCUCCUCCUGCAGAUUACAGCUGCCAUGGCAAAACUAUUUUGCCUCCCCUGCAAAAAAAGAAGCGGUAAAAGUAAUUGUGUGGGUAUACCCACUUAGUAGGCACUUCAGUGCACCUGCCUCCUCUACAAACCCAGAGUCAACAGAAGAGGGAGACAAACCCCCCUACUCACAACACAUUUGAUGAUUCCAACCAUACCCCCACGCUAUGGUGGCGAGGGAGCCAUCUGUUGCAUGGCGGACACUAUCACACACGUCAUAGAUGACCAUGCUGAGGAUUGGAGCUCUGACGGCCAUUUUGGAGCCAGGAGGAGCAGUGGUAGUGGGAGAUCAUACUCCUCAACCUCCUCAAGGAGUGACAUCACCCUCACCGAGGAGCUCCUGGCUGAAAGGGCCAAGGAAGGGCACCAAGACGACGUGGCUGAUGACGAACCC